AUGCUGCUCAAAACCCGGAAGCCCAAGAGAGGGGAGGGGAGACAUAAGAGUCAUGCCAAACUCGGACAAUUUUUCGCAGUCAAUAAUCCAUCAUAUGAAACUAUGAUAUCAAUAAUUGGACCGGCCAUCUUGCAUGUUGUGCAUACUGGUGAGGGAGCGACCUGGGUCUCAGGCUCCCGGAGAAAAGGCACAAAUAAACCUGAUCCGCCAGCUGUACGGUACUUUGGCCCCCUGCAUGCCCGUUAUCCAAUGUGGCUCCAGCUCGAUGUCACAGACUCUCUGUCUGAAGAAAGGGGAGGAAAAGUGAUAGGUCGGAACCAAGAGACAGGUUCUGUGAACCAUGAGACUACAGAGAAACCCACUAAAGUCAUCCUAGCCGAUGAAACAUACGAGAAGAUGCUCUCGGCAGUCUUGCCUAUAUCCCUUGCUCUUGUUUCUCCAAGGUUGAGAGCUUGA